AUGAGCCUCUCCCGAUCCAAUGAACCCGAAACCGAAGUUCUCAGAGUGCCUUACGUUAGCAUCAUAGGCGCUCACCUAGACCGGAUGCAGCUCGAUUACGCCGGUAUUCUUGAGAUUCAAGUAACGAUACUAGUCCGAGCCAAGAACGGGAACGGGAAGGCGCACGCGAGCUUCUCGGAUUCGAGUUACGGCCUAAGUUUGAACAGGGAAGUGGUGGCGCAGUUGGUAGCACCACCCUUCGAAUUAGGUAAGAACAGUUCGGUUGAUUUUAAUUACGUAGUGCCAUCAUCGCCGAUACCUUUGGGACCAGAACAAGCGGAAUAUGUCGACACGGCUUUGAAGAAUGAUCGGAUUACAUUCCACCUGAAAGGGGGCACCAGGGUGAGAUGGAGGAUAGGCCAUCUGGGCUCGGUUAGGUUCUUGUGUCUCCUCGAUUGUCAGCUGCAUUUUCAUCCUUUGAAUGGCACCUACAUUCCUUCACGCUGUAGUUCGAAGGCCAAAUGA